CUUUGGCUGAGAGCUGCUUCAGUUGCUGCCAUAGCUGCUGAGGGUUCGGUCUUCAUGAAUAUACUCUCUCGUCUCUGAAAUUAAAAAAAGCAUCGGUAACGAUGGCUACGACGCUGUUUAGAACAAUUCAGUCGAAGCAGUUCUCAGUUAUGGGGACUUUGUUGUUCAGACAGAGGAACAAUGGAGUUUUGAACUUCUCGGUGAGGUGUUGUCGGAUUCAGACGGCGACCCAGGAGAAGAAACAGCCUCAGCAAAGUCGGGUUUCGCCCAGAAACCAUAAAAGCGACAAGCUUCAUCAGAUUCUGAGAGAUUACGAACCCAUAAUUGGCAUAGAGACUCAUGUUCAGCUCUCUACGCUUACCAAGGCGUUUUGUAGCUGUUCUUACAGUUACGGGUCUCGACCAAACUCAUGUAUUUGCCCCGUAUGUAUGGGUUUGCCUGGUGCUUUGCCUGUUAUGAACUCCAAAGUCGUCGAGUUCGCUAUCAAACUGGGUCUUGCUUUGAAUUGCAAUCUGUCUUUAAAAUCCAAAUUCGACAGGAAACAGUACUUUUAUCCUGAUCUUCCAAAGGGGUACCAAAUUUCUCAGUUUGAUAUUCCUAUUGCAUCCGGUGGGUAUGUUGACUUGGAUCUUCCGGUUGAAUUUGGUGGUGGGCAUAGGAGAUUUGGCAUCACCAGGGUUCAUAUGGAGGAGGAUGCUGGCAAGCUACUCCAUUCAGACAAUGGAGAUUACUCUCAGGUUGAUUUGAAUAGAGCAGGUGUUCCAUUGCUUGAAAUUGUUUCAGAGCCUGAUAUGAGAACCGGGAUAGAAGCUGCUGAGUACGCGUGUGAAUUGCAACGGAUUGUGCGGUACUUGGGAAUAAGCAAUGGAAAUAUGCAAGAAGGCUCUCUCCGCUGUGAUGUAAAUAUCUCGAUCCGUCCAAUUGGGCAAACCGAGUUUGGCACCAAGGUGGAAAUAAAGAAUUUGAACUCAUUUUCAUCCAUUAACAGAGCUAUCGACUUUGAGAUAGAGAGACAGGCACAUCUAUAUAGCCAGGGCCAAAGUGACCAGAUCGUAACUGAAACCCGACUCUGGGAAGAAGGAACUGCUCAGAAAACGGUAACGAUGAGGAAAAAAGAAGGUCUUGCUGAUUACCGAUAUUUUCCGGAGCCAGAUCUUCCGGAAGUGAUUCUGACCCAAGAGUACGUUAAUAGCAUCCACUCUUCUUUACCAGAACUUCCCGAAGCCAAACGCAGACGAUAUGAGGCAAUGGGCCUAAGCAUGUAUGACGUGCUUUUCCUUGCAAACGACACAAGUGUUGCUGAAUAUUUCGAUGCGGUCAUUGCCAAAGGCGCUGAAGUGAAGCUGGCGACAAAUUGGAUAAUGGGCGAUAUAGCUGCCUACUUGAAAAACGAAAAGCUUUCGAUCAAUGACAUUAAACUUACUGCCCAAGAGUUAGCCGGGCUCAUAGCUGCAAUAAAAGAUGGAACCAUUAGUGGAAAGAUCGGCAAGGAGAUACUGUUUGAGCUGUUGGCCAAAGGUGGGACUGUCAAGGGAGUAAUAAAGGAAAAAGACUUAGUUCAGAUAACGGAUCCGUCGGAGAUUGAGAAAAUGGUUGAAAAGGUGAUCUCCGAGAAUCCAAAGCAGCUCGAGCAGUAUCGGGCCGGGAAAACCAAGCUGGAAGGCUAUUUCGCCGGCCAGGUGAUGAAGAUUUCGAAAGGGAAGGCAAAUCCAGGGUUAUUGAACAAAAUCCUCUUGGAGAAGCUCAAUGCCAAGAACUGAACUUCACUAUUCUACUGCUCAUUUUUUAAAUGAUUCAGGACCAAAACCCAGAUGGGGAUUUACUUAGAAUGGCAUUUGUCUUUUGAAGAUGUUUGGAUAUUUUCUGAUUAUCUUCAAGUUGGAGCACAAAAAAUGGUUUCUCCACUUGAAGUUGGAAAUGCUCUUCAAUGAGCAGCCUCCUGCAGUUUUUUUUCAAUAAAAAAGAAUUCGUUUUCUUUUUAAUUUUUUUUUUUACAAAAUUUUUCUUGUCUGUGACAAUACCCACUUAUGUAAUCCGAUCAAGUGGUUUCUGGGAUCAUAAUCUUUUUA